UAACAGCAGCAGUCUCUGGAUUGCUCCGAGCUGCUGACUGGCCCUCUUUUCUCGUCAUUGACCUCGACGUCAGCACAUUUAUAAAAGAGAGAUCUCUGCCGCGGAGCAGCAGCUAUCGUUGCAUUAUUACAAUUUACACUGCCUUGGUGCACUCGCGCGAGUGUGAGUGGUUCUUCGUAAUAUAGCUGUCUGUCUACUGCUGUGUGUGUGUGUGUGCAAUUCCACGCGCAUUACAUGCAUUGAAAACGAUUGAGAUCAUCGCGAGGACGGCUUCGUUAACAAUCAUGUUGACGACGAGACGACGGAGGACUGCGAGCGGGUACAUUUGUCGUAGUGGUCUGCGCCGUAGUGGUGGUGGUUGUUGCGCUGGUGGUGGUAGCGGUGAAGAAUUAUUAUGUGUCUCAUCAUCACUCGCAUCGCGGAGAUCAGCAGCAGCAGCAGCAACAGCACGACCAUCAACGGCGACAGCGGCAAGCAGCGGCAGCAGCAGCAAUGGCGGAAUUAGAAUACAUAACGCGAUUUAACUUAGGCAUCGCCGUCGUUGUCCACGUCGUUCUACGUUGAUUAGAAAAAGGAGAAGAGGAGACGACAUACGCACGCACCGCUGCUCUCUCGCUCUGGCUGCCUCGACGUCGCUUCUUUCCUCUCACGUAAAAUUUCACGCACUCGCCUCGAUCGCGCGAUUCUAUCUCGCGAAUAUAUAAAAAGAAAAACGAAGAAUCACGGGUGGAACCCUACCCCGGAUCGUUAUAUUUUAUAUAUUCAAAAGCGAGAACCAUAUCGUGCGCAUCUCGCUCUCUAUCGCUCUCUCGCCGCUGCUGUUGCCACUGCUUUUUAACGGAAAAAAAGGGAGCCGCAGCUGACCGAGCAGACGAAUCAUCCUUGCGACUCGCGGGGGACAAGGACCGUCGACGCUCUUGUGCGAAAAUUGCGAUUUGCAAUCGUCGUCGUGCCAAGGACAAAGUCAAAUCUGAAUGGAAGAGUCAAAUUCUUUUCCGGAAAGUAGAGUUGAUGCUCUACUAAUUCCGGAAUAUCCUGAAGCCGAUGAGGUAAUGGAACUUGGGGAAAUUAGUCCACUGACAACUUCUCUGGAUCAUCACUUGAUCAUUAAAGAUCAAUCGCCAAAAUCUGAAAAGAUGGGUGUCGAAAACAAUUGGGGAGAAGCGAAUGGCCCUGAUGUAUCUACACUAGAUUUGCCAGUGUUUGGACCUUUUCAAGAGUUUCCUAAUAAAUCAUGCGAAUCAACUGAUUAUUACCAACAAAAUGGAAAACAUGAAGAUGAAGGAAGUGUAUUACAUUCACAAAGAAACAAUGAUGACACCCAAGAACGAGUUGCUGGCGUUUGUGGCCUUCACAAUCUUGGCAAUACUUGCUUCAUGGCUGCUGGGUUACAGUGUUUAACUGCAACACCGACAGUGCAACACCAUUUUCUCCAAUUACAAGAAAAUAGCGAAAAAUUACCUCCGCCAGGAACAUUGAUGAGCAACUUUAGCUUUUUACUAAGUGAAAUGUGGUCAGGAGCACAUGAUGUGCUUCAUCCCACUGAGUUCAAAAAGGCACUUGGACUUCAUCAUUCUCAAUUUAAAGACUAUAGACAACAUGACUGUCAAGAAUUUUUAGCCUUAUUAUUAGAUAGUCUCCAUGAGCAAAUGAAUUUAGCUAAAACAAACAAUAGUUGCUAUGUGCCCAGCGCAACUGCCACAUCUGCCAGUAGUACUAUAUGUACAGAUAUUAAUUUGAAUUCUAAUGAUGAUUUAUACGCUUUAAGGACUAGUAGCAUAACUGCUUCUAAUGUCUCCAAAUUUAUGGAUCAACUUGAUGAUGGUCCACCAUCAUUUGAAGAUGGUCCAAAUAGUCCAAAUAUUACUAUGGCUGGGUCACCAAAAGACUCUCUAGACGACAUGGACAGUACAGCUAACUCAGCUCGAAGUUCACCUAUGGAUAUAGAUGAAGAAACAUUAGAUUCAGAAGACAUUGGUGAUCACCGUACCAGAUUCAUUCAUAAUGACAUGCGCGAUUUGUUAAACGAUGAUGCUGAACUCGAAAAAUAUAUUGAAAAAAAUGCCAAAACAAGCAAUACCAAUUUUCUCAUCACGUCAGAGGAUUAUAACAACGGAAUUUGCUAUGAUUCUCAAAAAUUUCCAAAAGAUAAUAAUCGAAGAAUCCCAUUAGAAAAUGCCAAUCUCACUGAAAAUCAUGACUUUGACAACAAAAGCAUCUGUACCAAGCGAAUUAAAGAAGUGAACUGCGAGCGUGACCAUUGUAAUAAUUCUGAAUGUGGUGUAACAAGCACUGUAGAAAAUGAAUGUGAAAGUAGAUUAGAAAAAAGUAAUGUGAAGCGCAGGCGUCUCGCGGACCUUGGGAAAGUUUAUAAACCAGAUGGGCUGGAAUCCAUUGUAUCACAAAACACUCAAAGUAAUGAGAAUGGGGCUAUAGCACUGGAAGAUGAAGUUGAAGCUGACAAGCAUUGGUCGAAACAUCUAGAAGAAAACCGUAGUAUUAUAGUUGAUACCUUCCAGGGUCAGUUUAAAAGCACGGUGGUGUGUGAAGCAUGUAAACACGUUUCCAUGACUUAUGAACCAUUUAUGUAUUUAUCAGUCCCAUUGCCACAUGCAAUGGAAAGACAAUUCAGUGUAACAUAUGUUUCUGCAGAUGGUACUCAACCGAUUCAUUGUGUGAUAACACUUAAUAAAAUGCAAAAACUUAAAAAUCUUAAAAUGGAAUUGGUGGAGAUGCUGGACAAAAAAGACGUACGUUUGUCAGACAUAGCAUUGGCUUUGGUUUUUGCUCAUCAUGUUUCCAAAAUUCUGGACGAAAAUAUGCUACUACGAAAAGUAGAUGAUACCAACCGUUCAAUUUAUGCGUUUGAAUUAUCUUCGCCUCCGCAACCAUGGGGUAUCAAUGGAUCUUCGUCCGAGUAUCAUUGGAGUUCAGUUUCUAACAGUUUUGAAUUGUUGAGUAAACCUGGAACUUCGAAUGGAAUUUCACCAUCUAAAUCACUCAACCCAAAUGAUGCUAUAGCUGAAGACGUGUGCACAAUUUGUCUUGAUGAAAACAAUGACGAUCUCAAAAAGCACACAAACGAAGCUUGCACAUUAAUUAUUUGCGAUUCUUGUAUUGAGAGCUACUUCAAGAGUGGAAAAGAGGAGAUAAUGAAGUGUCCAGUUUGUUCUAAAGACAUGACGAGAAGCGAUUUUGUGAAGGUCCAAGACCAAAAACGACUUCCUAAAGUACUUCUUGUGCCAUUUGUCAUGCGUCAUGACAUCGAUGAAGGAUCCAAUAAUAGCAAAGAAACAAAACUUUUUGGUGACAUUAGGCUUUUUAGACUAACGUCAAGAAUCGACGCAAAGGUUAUCUACGAUACUGUCAAUACUUUUGCUCCCAAGGAUAUACCCUACACGGUUCAUUUUGUCAAUGCUGAGGGCAAUCGAUGCUCUAGAUGCAUGUUCUCGUCGCAUUGCACCGGUUGUCAAGUGCCAGAAAGCGGCGAGGUUACCUUGUCAUCUAGUGAUACAUUGGCUGUGCGCUAUGUUGACCAAUUACCACAAAUUCCACCACCUAUCGAGCACGAAAGUGUCAAAACUCUAAGACCAAUUACAAUUCUCUCACUGUAUGAUUGUUUGCAAGCAUUUAGUCAGAGUGAAGUUUUGGAUUCUAAUAAUCCUUGGUUCUGUCCCAAAUGUGAAAGAAAUCAGUGUGCUACAAAGACUAUGACUGUUCACAGAUAUCCCAAGUUCCUUAUAGUUUAUCUUAAACGAUUCAUAUAUCACGAUCGAGUGAGUGUAAAAUUGGAAGAUAAAGUGACUUUUCCUCUGGUUGGUUUAAACUGUGGAAAACAUCUUUAUGAUCUCUAUGCUUGUGUUUGUCAUUAUGGAAGUAUCUCUGCUGGACAUUAUACUGCCUAUGCCAAGAAUCCUGAAAAAGAUAUGUGGUAUCAUUACAAUGACGACAUAUGCAGCAGAAAAAAGCCGCAAGAAGAAGAUUUCAGUAAAGCAUAUAUAUUGUUUUACCGCCGUCAAGAAUCGAAUAUCAAACAGUGCAAUAUAAGUGUUUGAAAAAAGAAAUACUCAUUUUGACUGGACCUAUGAAAGAACAUUAAAAAGUAACGAAAAGAAUCCUUGGAGGAAAAAGUGUUUAACUCAUGAUAUGUGUAAAAAGAUUACAGGAAUAUCUUUCAAAUUUGUUGGCUGUGUAUAUGUGUAUGAGUGACUAGAACUAUGUAUUUACAUUACAAGGGAUAUAUCACUUUAUUUUUUCACCUAUGUGGUCUUCAAUUAAUUUAAAUGUAUAACACUUUUGUUUGAAACGCGAGGUGAUGAUUGUUGGAAAUUUUCUUGUAAAGACUGGUCGAUUAUUUAGAACAUUAAUUAAAUAUUUACUGCGGUUAUAUUAACGAAAAAAACAAAACCGUCUUACGUUAUGUGUCUAUAAUUAUUUUUUAUUACUUUAUAUAUAAGUAGCAUCAUAUGUGUAAAACUUCUGAUUUAAGUAAUAAUUUGCAAUCGUGCAAAAUGUAUAAAAUGUAAUUAAAUGUACGCGUAUUUUAUCGAAAAUGUUGCAUCGCUUCAUUUGUAGUGUUUCCUAUGGAACUCCUCGCACUUUGUUCCUUUUUAAACGGUAUUCUUAUUUUCGUAUUGCCAUGGCUCAUGAUUUUAGCGAGCGAGUUUUAAUCGUUUUUAUCGAUUCGAUGAAGAAAUACAAAAAACAUUUCACAUGAUUAUCAUCUAGUGAUCAUCAUUUUCGAGUACCAAAAACCUCUGAAUUAAUUUGAGGACAUUGUAAAAUACAAUCUUGUUAAGUGAACGAAUUUAUUAAAAAAUGAACCAUAAACCUCGAAA